AUGGGGCGGGCUUCUUUCGAAUACGAUGAAGUGGGUAACACAUUUUAUUACGUCCUUGUCUCCUUCUACGCUAUUAUUCUUAUUCCGGUAACCUACUUUUUUUUCCCUACGGGAAAAGCAGAAGUCGUGGAAGUUGACGAACGUGAAUGUCAAUGCGCAGGAUGCAGUCAGAAACGACAAUUGAAGGCGGCUAAUAAACCUUGGAAACGUACGAAAAGUAUACUAACAGUUGUUUUACUAAUCACUGCCUGGAUUGUUUUUGCAUUGAUCGUUAAGAAAGUCACGGAGAUUGAAGUUACAUACCAGGAAUACAAUCCAUACCAAAUACUGGGCUUAGAUCAAGGUGCUGAUACAGCUGCCGUAAGGAAAGCAUAUCGCGAACUCUCUAAAAAAAUGCAUCCUGAUCGUGGAGGAGACGCACAGAUGUUUGAUAAAAUUGCGAAGGCUUACCAAGCUCUUACUGACGAAGAAUCUCGCGAAAAUUGGGAGAAGUAUGGGAAUCCAGAUGGACCUACA